AUGCUGAGGACCGAGGCCGGCGGGGCCGGGGGAGCCCCCCCGGCCGGGGGCGCGGCGGGGGCCGGGGGGCUGCGCAGCGCGUCCCCGCACCGGAACGCCUACGAGGCCAGCAUCCAGGCGCUGGCGCCCACAAAGGAGGCCGAGGGCGAGGACGGCAAGAAGAGCCGCGGGAAGAAGUAUGGCUCCAACGUGCAUCGGAUCAAGAACAUGUUCCUGCAGAUGGGGACGGCGCCCGGCCCCGAGGGCGCCUGCGACCUGGCCAAGGCCAAGGAGAAGCCGGUGCGCCUGUCCCUGCCCCGCGCCGGCAGUCUCGGCGACGGCGUGGACCAGGGCAGCCUCCUCAAGCUGGGCACCAGCGUCUCGGAGCGCGUCAGCCGCUUCGACUCCAAGCCCGAGAAACCCUUCUCCAAGCUGCAGGAGACCCGCAAGAUCUUCGAGAGGAGCCCGCAGGAGAAGGCCACCAGCACCAAGCUGCUGCUGCGCAAGGAGCGCGCCGGCUUCCAGGACCGCAAGCUGGACGUGGUGGUGAGGUUCAACGGCAGCACCGAGUCGCUGGACAAGCUGGACGCCGAGGCCGUGUCGCCCACCGUGAGCCAGCUCAGCGCCGUCUUCGAGAAGGCCGACCUGAGGAACAACCUGCACAAGGCGCCCGGGCGGGCGGCCGCGCCGCCGGCUGCCAGGGCGGCGGCCAAGCGGCCCCGCGCCUUCGAGGCGGCGCGGCCGGGCGAUGCCCACGCCGCCCCGGCACGGGCACGGCCGGCCGAGCAGGACGGGGCGGCCGCCAAGAGCGGGAGGCCGGCGGAGAAGGAGGCGGCCGCGCCGAGGGUGCAGGAGGUCUGCAAGAUCAAGCCCGUGGAGGUGGAGGAGAGCGCGGAGGGCGAGGAGGAGGAGGAGGAGGAGGAGGAGGAGGAGCGGCAGCAGGAGAAGGCGCCGGGUGAAGCCGUGCCCGCCGCCCGGCCGGCCCAAGGGGACGAGGGUCCCGCGGCCCCCCGGCCCGACGGGGGCUCGGCGGCGGCCGCGGGCGCGGAGGGCGUCAAGGGCGAGCGGGCGGAGGAGGGCGACGGCUCCGAGGAGGCCAAGAAGGAGGACUUCUCCGAGGCCGACCUGGUGGACAUAAGUGCCUACAGCGGGCUCGGGGAGGACUCGGGGGGCAGCGGGCUGGAGGAGGAGGAGGAGGCCGAAGGGCUGUACGAGCCCGAGUCGGGCUGCGUGGAGAUCCCGGGGCUCUCCGAGGAAGAGGAGCCCGUUCCCAACCGCAAGAUCCAGUUCAGCACGGCGCCCAUCCAGGUGAGCCUGAGGGAGGCAGGGAGGCACCCAGGGAUCCAGGUGAACGAUCUGAUCGUGGAGGUGGACGGCACCAGCCUGGUGGGGGUCACGCAGAGCUUUGCUGCCUCUGUGCUCCGGAACACCAAGGGCCGCGUGCGGUUCCUGAUGGGGCGCGAGCGGCCGGGCGAGCAGAGCGAGGUGGCGCAGCUGAUCCAGCAGACGCUGGAGCAGGAGCGCUGGCAGCGCCAGCUGCAGCGGCGCUACGCCCGCUACGCCCGCGGCGACGACGAGGGCGGGGAGUUCGGCACGGACGAGGAGGAGGAGGAGGAGGAGGAGGAGGAGGAGGAGGACGAGGAGGAGAUGAGCCCCGUGUUCCCCGGCGGCGAGGCGGCCAUCGAGGUGUUCGAGCUGGCCGAGGGCGAGGACGCGCUCAGCCCGGCCAACAUGGAGCCCGACAGGCUGCUGCACAAGUUCAAGGAGCUCCAGAUCAAGCACGCCGUGACCGAGGCUGAGAUCCAGCAGCUCAAGAGGAAGCUGCAGGGCCUGGAGCAGGAGAAGGCGCGCUGGCGGGCCGAGAAGGCGCAGCUGGAGCAGAGCGUGGAGGAGAACAAGGAGCGCAUGGAGAAGCUCGAGGGCUACUGGCUGGAGGCGCAGAACCUGUGCCAGGCCGUGGACGAGCACCUCAAGGAGACGCAGGCGCAGUACCAGACCCUGGAGCGCAAGUACAGCAAGGCCAAGCGGCUCAUCAAGGAGUACCAGCAGAAGGAGAUCGAGUUCCUGAAGAAGGAGACGGCGCAGCGGCGCGUGCUGGAGGAGUCGGAGCUGGCGCACAAGGAGGAGAUGGAGAAGCUGCAGGAGAAGGUGGGCACGGGGCGCCGGGACGCGGCGUCCCUGCCACGAUGCCACGACCCGCGGGGCAGCAGCUCCUUCCCGAACGCUGCGGGGAUCCCCGGGCACCCCAACCCGCCCAGCGGGGUCCUGCGGUGCCCCCGGAGCCCCGGGGCCCGCGGGGACGCUGACCCGGCCCCGGCUGCCCGCAGGGAGAUCGAGUUCCUGAAGAAGGAGACGGCGCAGCGGCGCGUGCUGGAGGAGUCGGAGCUGGCGCACAAGGAGGAGAUGGAGAAGCUGCAGGAGAAGGUGGGCACGGGGCGCCGGGACGCGGCGUGUCCCUGA